AGUAAUGAACAUUCUCAGUAGACGUUUUUGUUGGAGUUAAAAGUUUUCUGUGUUUCACAAAACUAUUAAUGAAUUUGGAAUAAUACCAGCAUAAUUUUACCCUUCUACCUUUGUAACAUCUUCAAGCAUUUUAUUUUAGGUUAUGUUGUGUUUUGAUCCUCUUUUACGAGAGACCGCUACAUAACCUCUUUUUUGGCUUUGGGGAUUGUCUUGUCUUAUAAUAAUUUUUAAUGUAAUUUUGAAAAAACAUAGAACUUGUUAAAUUUGUUAACUAUUUAAUUACUGUGUUAUAGUUUAGUCACGUAUCUGCCUUUAUGAGACUGGUUGAAUAGUUACGUAAUUUUAAGUGGUGGGAGUGGAAUUAGUGAUUGUUUGUUGACGUUUACUGACAAGGAAAUUUACUGGAACCAAUUAUUAGCAAGUAAAGUAACAGUGAUUCAUUUACCAGCAAGGCAAGCUCUUUAUCUUUCCUGUAUACUAAAAAAAUAGCAUAAGCUUACUUCCAUUCCAUUAGACGUUUUACAAAAUCAUUUUGACAAGAUGGUUAUUAAAAAUGCAAGGGCUCUGCACUUUGUUUUCAAAAUUGGAGACAGAACUUUGUCGGCAAAAUUUUACCGUGAGAUUCUUGGAAUGAAGACGUUGCGUCAUGAAGAAUUUAAAGAAGGUUGCGCAGCUGCUUGCAAUGGACCAUACGACAAUAGAUGGAGUAAAACAAUGAUUGGCUACGGUCCGGAAGACAGUCACUUUGUGCUAGAACUCACCUACAACUAUAAUGUCAACUCUUACGUUCUGGGCAACGAUUUUCAAGGCAUCACAAUCAGAUCGAAAGAGGCUUUGCAGAGAGCCAAGGCUACCGAUUGGAAAGUUGAAAGCGGCAACAAUGGCGUUAAUGUUUUGGUAGCGCCCGGCGGCUACAAAUUCUUUGUGGUUGAUGAAUCUCAGCCCAGUGAUACUGAUCCAGUGGAAAAAGUGACUCUAGCCAGUUCGAAUCUGAGCAAUACGAUCAAAUACUGGAACGGCAUACUGGGAAUGAAAAUUCUGUCGCAACAAGACAAAUCUGUCCUACUCAGUUUUGGAGACAAUCAAGCCAAACUUGAGUUCAAAGACAUUGGUGGCCCGGUUGAGAGGGAAACAUCUUACGGCAGAAUCGCUUUCUCUGUCCCAGAAGAAGAAUUGAAGGCAAUCGAUGAAGCAAUCAAGAAGGCUGACCAGAAAAUACUGACUCCUCUUAUCACUCUUGAUACACCUGGAAAGGCUUCUGUAACUGUCAUAAUACUUGCUGAUCCUGAUGGCCAUGAAAUUUGUUUUGUUGGAGACGAACAGUUCCGAAAGCUUUCCGAAGUGGACCCGGAAGGUGACAAAAUGCUGAAUAGGUAUAUUGAGAAAGACGAGAAGCGUAAAACUGAGGCAUAAUAAUUGAUGUGAAGUAAGACUUAGUUCCAUAAAGACACUUAUUUUAGAUUUUAAAAUCUCGUAUGUUAUCCAGUAUUAGAGUUCUAUUUAUUUACGGUAGUUUAUAGUUUGCGGUUGGAAACAUAGUGGAACAGCGAAGGUGCUUCAAGAUUGAGUGCCGGUUGCACAAAAGCCGGUUAAUUUUUAACCGUGAUUAAUUCCACGAGAACCAAUCAGAGAACCCGUCUUUUUAAAAACGCCUUCUCUGAUUGGUUCUCGUGGAAUUAAUCAUGGUUAAAAUUCAACCGGCUUUUGUGCAACCGGGCCUGAGAGUUUUGAAUGUGAUGCAUGUAUUUAAAUAGUGGCUUACAUAUUUCUCCACCAUUAAAUGUGUAAAUGUUAAACAUUUACACCACCCGGUUGCCCAAAAGUCUGUUAAAUUUUGAUCCCGAUUAAAUGCCACAAGAGCUAUUUCGAGAAGCCUUCUCAGAAAAACCAUCUCUGAUUCGCUCUCGUGAAAUUUAAUCAUGAUUAAAAUUUGACAGGCUUUUGUGCAGCUGGGCCUCAAUCUCAGAAAAACCAUCUUAGAUUCGUUUUCGUGGAAUUUAAUUAUGAUUAGAAUUUGACAGGCUUUUUGCUUCAAUCUUGAAGCUCCAACAUGUUUCCACCCUGAGGGUGUGUGCUUACAGAGGGUGGUCUGGCGUUCCGAGUUCUAGCGGUCCAAGAGACCGCGGUCAUAUGUUGAGAUAUAUGGAUUAACAUCCUCCUAAGACCGCUCUGACCGCUGACCUCUUAAGAGGAUACCGAUAUAUCAUAAAUGGAUAUUUAGGGAUAUAUCCUACCAAGACCGCUCUGACCGCUGACCUCUUAAGAGGAUACCGAUAUAUCAUAAAUGGAUAUUUAGGGAUAUAUCCUCCUAAGGUCGCUCUGACCACCCUAAGUGUAUACAAACCUUAAACGUUUCAACAUGCAAUAUAACUAUUUAUUGUGAUAUGAGCAAUUUGGUGGGGGAAUGACUCGAAUAUGUAUACAGCUCAAUAGUAUUGAGGUAUAUUCUCAAUAUUAUUACUGGUUUUAUUAAAAUUAUAUUAUAAAAAAUAAAUGAAUAUACAUAUUGUGAUGACAUGAUAUUUUAGUCAUUAAAUAAUGUGCUUAAAGCUCUCAUCUAUACUGUUUGUAUUGACUUAAUUUUAUUGUUGUUGUAAUAAAGCUAAUUUUAGAGGA